UAUCAGUAAUCAGUCGGCUGAGGUUCCGAGUGUUGUCUGUCGUGUCCCAAGGCGACGUGUUGUGCCCGCGAGUGAAUGUGCAAUGCCCGGACAGUGACCAAGCAAUGGUGAACUACGUUAACCCGCUCGCCAUGUACCAGGGCAAGGGCGGACAGUACGGCGCGGGUGGCUGGUAUGGCUGGCAGCACCAGAACUUCGAGGAGCAGCAAUGGUGUGCCUGGAACGGAGCCCCGGCGGCCGAGUGGCCCACGGACCCUCACCACUUUAAACGGGAGCCGGGAGAUAGAGAUAUCGGUGAGAUGCCCUCGCCGGUACGGGGAGACCUGGCCAGCCCGGGAGAAGGUUCACCCGGGUCGCGACCUUCGCAGCCCCCAGCCCCUCCGCGCUCACCUUACGAAUGGAUGAAGAAGCCGAGCUACCAGUCACAACCAAACCCAGGAUCAUUGAUAAUGGGUAAAACCAGGACGAAGGACAAAUACAGGGUCGUGUACAGCGACCAUCAGCGACUCGAACUGGAGAAAGAGUUCCACUACAGCCGAUACAUCACCAUCAGGAGGAAGGCGGAGCUGGCAGUCAGCCUGGGGCUGUCUGAGAGACAGGUAAAAAUUUGGUUCCAAAACCGGAGAGCCAAAGAGCGGAAACAGGUUAAGAAACGGGAAGAGGUGGUGAUGAAGGAGAAAGGUGAUCACGCGUCGUUACAGCACGCGCAGCUUCAUCACGCGACGAUGUUACAUCACCAGCAGAUGAUGAACGGCAUGAUGCACCACCACCAUUAUCACCAAGGAGUGCUGCAGGGAGUUCCCGAGCCGCUGGUGCCAGGCGUAGGUCCUGUUCCUCUCCUGUGACCGCAUCAAACAAGUGCUAUAGACUCCUACCAACAUUGACUAUUUGACCAGUGAUUUAUGUACCUCGGGUACAUUGUGCUUUAAAUUAAUAUUAAAAGUCCGUUGUGAUAAGUAGUGCAAUAUUCUCGCGAGAAUAUUUAUUCAGAUUUAACUGAAAUACAUGUAAAUUAUUAUACACGCGUGGACUGUUAAUUGUAAAUUGUUGUAACACUCUGUUGUUUGUGGCUUAUUCGUUAGUUACGACCAUUUUGCUACACUCCCGACUGUUUAGCUCACGGAUUAACGAAAAAGCUCCAACAUCAGAGUCGUGAACGUGUUCAUAGCUUUUUUAUUGCUACAUAACUUCGUAUGUGCCUCCUUAACUAUUAUCUUAUGGCCUGUUACGUCUAGCAUUAGGUUAAUUUAAAAGAAUUCCGCAAUUGUAAAUAUAGAUACUUACUAUAUUUUUUAUAUUAUUAUAAUAUUUAAGUAUUAUUAUUGGAUUGGUUAAUGUAUUUCUCAAUGCAACGAAUGCAGCUAAUAAGGUCACUUUUGACACAAAUUGUUAAAUAAAUCUGGCUCAUUCGUAAUCCAAUUAUUGUUAACGAUUUUUGAAUCUCACCGGUAUAUACUUGAUAAAUUCGUAAACUGAAUCGAUAAAUUUUUAUCUUCUGAUUUAUUGCGUCUGUUGUAUUGAGAAAUAUAUUUUUUUUUUACGUUGAAUGAGAUUAUUUGUAGUUUUAAACGUUCUGUAAAUAGUAGCUUCGGAAUAGACUUAAUAUCUCAUAAUAUUUAAUACUAUUACAAUACAUAAAUAUGUCACCUGUAUCACAAUGAAUUAGAAAUAAAAUGAGAUUAAUUCCUAAGUAUUAAUUAAUUAACCGGUGGUUUUAUGUCUACAUUUACUUAACGGAUAGUUAAGUUUUAAAAAUGUAAUGUUUUGUAUUUAUUUGUCAUCCUUCGGGACUCGUGUAUUUUUAUCUAUAACCUGUGGUGCUAUGACUAUCACAUGUUACGUUUGUAUUCAAUUAAUUGAUGUAAUAUAAUUAUGAUUGUUCUUAUGUAAAUGUUUGUGUACACAGGAUUGUUAGUAAGUGCAGCACCGACACGAAACACAUUUUGAUUGAACUCAAUAAAUACAUGUUAAUCUAAAAA